UCGAGCAUCUGGCAUGUGCUAUCGGAUUUCUUUGUGACUAUUGGCUGUUCUGAUAACCUCUCUAUUGCAAUUUUUGCAAUGGAUUCUUUGCGCCAGCUGUCUAUGAAGUUCUUAGAGCGGGAAGAGUUGGCGAAUUAUAACUUCCAAAAUGAGUUUAUGAAACCUUUUGUUGUUGUCAUGCGCAAAAGUGGUGCUGUUGAGAUCAGGGAAUUGAUUAUACGAUGUGUCUCACAGAUGGUUUUAUCCCGUGUUGACAAUGUCAAGUCGGGAUGGAAGAGUAUGUUCAUGAUUUUCACUACAGCGGCACAUGAUGCACAUAAAAAUAUUGUGUUCCUGUCUUUUGAAAUGGUUGAGAAGAUUAUCCGAGACUACUUCCCACACAUCACAGAGACAGAGACGACCACCUUCACAGACUGUGUGAAUUGCCUUGUUGCGUUCACCAAUAGUAAAUUUGAGAAAGAUAUUAGUCUCCAAGCUAUUGCUUUCCUUCAAUAUUGCGCAAGAAAACUUGCUGAAGGCUCUGUUGGUUCAUCAUUAAGAAGGAACCCUCCAUCAUCUCCUCCGGGUGGAAAAAGUGGAAAACAAGAUAGUGGAAAAUUUCUAGAAAGUGACGAACAUUUGUAUUCUUGGUUUCCGUUAUUAGCCG